GCAAAACACAAGCAGCAAUUCUCUCCUCUGUGUCUCUUUGUUUUUUAAUUUUAUUUUUCUUUCUCUGUUCUGUGCAGAUAUUAUUAAAUAAAUAAAUAAACAAGAAGAAAACUCUGAACCAAACAUUAUUCCUCUGUUUCCCAGCUUUUCUUUAUCUUUGGAGUUUGUUUUUCUGGAGAAGACAAAUUUAAAGUAGUUGUUGUCUUAUUUAAGAGUUCGAGGUCAGGGUCUUCUCGAGUUUACUUGAGAUUCUCAACUAGAUUAAAUUAUGGGUUGGGAGACUAAGCAGAUAUUGAAGAGUCUCUGUUUCAGCCAUGGAUGGUCUUUUGCUGUUUUCUGGCGCUAUGAUCCCAUCAAUUCCAUGUGAUUCCUCCAUUUCUGUUCUGCCUCUUUCUUUUAUGCUUACGCUGUUUGUUCAUUUGGAUUGCAUUGCAUUGCAUUUCAGGUUAUUGAGAUUUGAAGAAGCAUACAAUGAUGAUGUACAAUCAGUCUCCCUCCUUGAUGAUUUGAUUCUUCAGCCUCACAUCUUAGGCCAAGGAAUUGUGGGAGAAGUCGCUUUAACCGGAAACCAUCAAUGGCUCUUUUCAGACACAUUGUUUCAGUGUGAGCAUGAGUUUCAGAAUCAGUUUCUCUCUGGCUUUAAGACUAUCGCAGUCAUUCCAGUAGGAUCUAGAGGCGUUGUUCAGUUCGGAUCUGUUCAAAAGAUUCUUGAGAGCCUAGAGAUGUUGGAACAAACAACCAGAGCUAUGCAAGAGAAGCCAGAUCACUCGGUGGACCUCGAUACUCUGUUCGAGUCUUUAGUGCCACUGGGAGAUUGUGAGCUUGUCCCAGCUGAAUCUUUUCAAGGACUCAGCUUUGAUGACAUCUUCGCCGACGACGACCCUCCUUCUUUGCUCAGCCCUGAGAAUGAGAUGAUCUCUGGUAAAACCUCUGAAGCAGCUUCUUCCCACCAAGAUCUUAGCAGUGGGGAUGAUUUUGGUUUCGACAUUCUCAAGUCUUACACUCUGGACGAUCUUUACGAGCUGCUCGCUGACUCACCUGAACAGAAUUGCUCUUCCGUUGAUCACCACGAGAAUCCCAUGGUGAUCCAAGGCAAUGACAAGGAUCUUUUCGACAUUGUUGGCAUGAAUUCUCAAGAUUUUUCUAGGCCUUUGGCUGUGCCGCCUAAAGGGCUCUUCUCUGAGCUCAUAAGCAGCAGUCUUAGCAACAACACUUGUACCAGUUCUCUCACAAACGUGCAAGAGUAUUCUGGUGUGAAUCAGAGCAAAAGACGGAAGCUUGAAACAUCGUCAGCGCACAGCUCAAGCUUGUUCCCGCAGGAGGAGACUGUAGUAACAGGCCGGAGUUUGUGGAUUGAUGAUGAGAGAACAAGCGUCGGAGGGAAUUGGAAAAAGCCUCACGAAGAAGGUGUGAAGAAGAAAAGAGCAAAGGCAGGAGAAAGCAGGAGGCCGAGGCCUAAGGACCGUCAGAUGAUACAAGACCGUAUCAAGGAGCUGCGAGGGAUGAUUCCAAAUGGAGCAAAGUGUAGCAUAGAUACGUUGCUUGAUCUGACCAUAAAGCACAUGGAGUUCAUGCAAAGUCUCGCCAAGUACGCAGACAGACUCAAGCAGCCAUACGAGUCCAAGCUGGUGAAGGAGAGAACAUGGGCGUUGGAAGUGGGAGAUGAUGAUGAGGAAGCAGUGGUAUGUCCGAUAAUAGUGGAGGAACUGAACAGGCAAGGGGAAAUGCAGAUAGAGAUGGUAUGCGAGGAAAGAGGGGAGUUUCUGGAGAUAGGAGAAGUGGUGAGAGGAUUGGGAUUGAAGAUAUUGAAAGGAGUGAUGGAAACAAGAAAAGGCCAAAUAUGGGCACACUUGAUCGUACAGGCAAACCCACAAGUGACGAGGCUUCAAGUCUUCUACUCACUAGUUCAGCUUUUUCAACACCAUCAUACCAAACAUGAUGAUUUGUUGUUAUAGUACCUGGUUGGUUUGGUUGCCUUUAGAUACAAAACACAUUCUGUUGAUAGUAGUAGUAAAGAUGUUGUUCCAUUUGUAGACAGAAUUUAGAAACAUUCAUUUACUCAUCAAAGGAAAAUUGGGCCUUUAAACAUUGAGAGUCCAUCCAUGUAAAGAGAAAGGAGGCCCAUUUUACAAGAUGAAGUACAACGUCGUUUUGAUGCG